GCAUUCACUGUGAGUAGCAGCAGCUGAGCACUGAUUUCUUUCUAAUAAAAUUUAACUUGCGUUUAGUUUCUGUUGGUUUUGUGAUAUUUACGUAAUUGAUUGCCCUAUUCUUGCAUACACAUGUCAUUAGGCACACCCCCAGACUCAAGUGCAUGUCCACGACAGUAAGGAAAGUUGAACAGUGAAAGUACUCAGUAUCAGUGAAAUAAUAAAAAAGGGGAGGCGAUCCGAAAUUAUCGCACUGUGCCUCAUUUCUCACAACUAAAUGCGAAACAAUAGCAAUUAAUUUAGGCACUCACAUCGAUGUCAAUGCCAGUGGCAAAUCAUAGUAGCAGCGGCACGAAGAGCACUAAACGUUAGUGGAAAUGUGGAGUCUGAGUAUCUAGAACGGGAGGCAAAAACAGUGAAGUCCCCAAAUGCGUGCCGUAUCGGGACCAGGAGCGUCUAAUGUUGGCGUGGAUUCAGUUAUAUCGCGGCUGGACUAUGAGCAGAAUGCCCUGCAUCAUAGCUGCCUGCUGGUGCUGCUACGCGGCGUAGGCCCUUCACGAGCCCGCAUUUUACAGCGGGCCUUCGAGAAGGUGCGACGUGUCAAUAAUAUCAAAGUAACGGACUCUAGCGGCAAUGUGCGCAACGUUUAUUUUCGGUUCAUUCACGAUCAUCCCGUGGAGCACAAUGAUUGGGGUGAUUUUCAAACGCAUCGCCGUCUACUGGGCCUCGUCACAAUUGGAAAGUUUGACAAUCAAACGGAACUCAAUGAGCUGUGCCGCCAUCACGAAUCCCUGAAGGUGCGCUACGGCAGCACACUAUACGAGUCGCGUGCCAUUUUCUUUGGACCCGAUGCCGACAGCAAUUCCAUCAUAAAUCACCAGAUGAAGGAUGGUCUAAGCGUCGUGGACAAUAAGCAUGCGGUGCUGCAGACAAUUGGUGAGCACGGCGUGCGACCAGAUACGGGAACUAAGGAAUGUCAACCAGGUCGCAUCCAGGAUGAGUAUACCACGCCAUCGAAUUUCAAGUCGCAGGCAUUUUUCUAUCGCGAGCAGGACAGCUGCGUUGAUCUGGAGGCGCGAAUUGGUGAUUUUUUGAAUGCAUUAUUUUGGGUGCUGGAGUCACGGCGCCUGGAACGUUCGCGGGAGAAGGCGGAAAAGGUCAGUCUGCUAUUGGCGCCCUUCGAGAAACGGGACUUUGUGGGCCUGGACAUGGAGUCGCGAAACAAUCGGAAACGCUGUGUGGGCCGUGUGAUGAAGAAUCUGGCGGAUCUUUCCUUGCAAGCUGGCCUCUUAGACGAGGCCUUGAGUCUGUACCACAAUGCCAAUGAGACGCUGCGCUCGGUAGGCGACUCCUUGUGGGUGGGCGCCAGCGAGGAAGGAUUGUGUGCAGCGUCGGCUGUUAUCCUCUAUCCACAAAUGCGUGAGAUUGAAACCCUGCACAGAAAUGCAUCGCUGCAGGAAACGGGCACUUCACCAUUGCGAAAAACGCCGGAAAAGUGGCGUGCCAGCGAUGCAACAAAGAAAAUAAAUGUCACCGCUGCAACAACCACAGAUGCGCUCACCUCACAUUCAUCUUCCUGCUCGUCGGUGUCAUCCAUAUUGACGAACAAUUCCUCAGCGUCGGGCACGCCCACAACGUCAACAUCCUCAUCCUCGACAUCGACAAUAUCGGCGGUAGCUCCAAUGGGUCAUCGCAACGGCGAACUUCCCGGCAACAUCCUCAAGCCGGAGGAAAUACCCAAUUAUUAUCGCAAGGCGAUAAUCAAUUAUAGCAAAUACCGACACGCGGCCACAAUUGAGACGGAGGCGGCACUGAAGGCAACCCGCAUUUGUAUUGAACAGAAUAGUCCCCUGGAUGUGGCGAUGUUCCUUCAAAAUAUUCUCUACAUUAAUCUCAGCAUGAGUGAGCCAGAGCGUGUCAAACAAUUUGAAAUUAUUACGGAACUAUAUCAGCAGAUCGGAUAUCAGCGCAAGGCAGCAUUUUUUCAGCGCUUGGCCGCGCUUAAGCAUGUCCACCAGGGCAGUCAGGCGCCAGACUGGACGCAGAGCUAUCGCCUAUUGUUGGGCAGCUUUACUGGCUAUCUGCUAUCGCUGGAUUCCCUUGAAGUGCUUGAAAAUGCCGCUGGUUGGCCGGCCCUGCAAAUAGAUCUGCUGCAGAGUCUCAUAACUGCAGCAAGACGUCUGGGACACUCUGCACUAGCCACCCGCCAUAUGACGUUUCUGCUCCAAACCCAAUGGGGCAAUAUGACUGCAACGGAGCAAAGUGAAAUGGCUGUCCAGUUGCAGAAUCUGAGCGCACAAUGCGAAGGUUCGCCCGUGCCUCUGGUGCUGGAAAAUGGGACUGUGAUACCGCCCGCCAAUCUCACCGAUCUGCCCUACUGCAUGAAAGUUGUGGUCAAGGAUCUGCCUCCACACUUGCGUCCGCAACGGAUCAAGAUUGCCAAAGCCGACAGCGGGCCAUUUCUGUUUACGCCUAUUCAUUUUAACUCGGUCGAUAGCAGGGACAAGAAGAAGAACAAAAAUAAAAUAGCAUUUCUGUGGGUGCAAAGCGAUCUGUGCGAGGUUUGUGUGACCCUUCGCAAUCCUUUGCCGUUUGAGCUGCCCGUGACCGAUAUGCGUUUACUUACUAAUGGUGUCGUCUUUGAAUCGCUGCCCCAAACCAUUAUCUUGCAACCGCAUGCGCCCACCCACAUCUCGUUGCAUGGCACGCCCAUUGAGACUGGCCAACUGGAUCUGCAGGGCUACAGCACGCAUACGUUGGGCGUCAAGUCUAACUGUCGGCUGAAGCACAUGCGAGGACGCAACUUGCCUCCAAACUACCUGGUGGAGGUGAUACCUGCUCUGCCACGUAUCGCCAUUAAGACAUCGCUGCCACAGACGGCCACUUUUAGCAAUAUGAGCAGAGCGGACAUUGUGGUCACAUCUGCCAGCCUAACCUUAUACAAUGGUGAAUCCUCGAGUUGCACCAUUACGGUUAGGAAUGAGAGCGAUACGUUGCCGCUAGAGCACCUUGAAGUGAGCAUCAAUUCAAAUGUGGAGCAGGAGCUACAAAAGAAAAUGUUUCGCAUUGAUGACAAGGCACUGCAGGCUCAGCUGCCAGUUGCUCCGUUGAGCACUAUUGAAUUUAUACUACAUAUUUAUGCGGAUGCUGAUUUUGUAUGCCCCCUGCCCCCGGCAGCCGGCUCUGUACAUUCAAACUCUGGUGGCGCUUCCAACGAACAUGGAGCCUCAUCGCUAUCACCCUAUUCCAACAUGUCUGGCCAUGCCAGUCUUCCCAUGCGUGUCGGUUCACCGGAUCAUCGUCGCCAGCAGGAGUCGCAGAAUUUAAAUGUUCGUUCAACCUUAUCUGGCGCCCAACAGUCGCUGGCUUCGUUGAAUGUUCAACCGGGCGCAGUAGGUGGAUUGCCCAAUCUACGGCCCGCACAGAGCAGCCAACACAUUGAGGCUCAAUUGCGUCUCAAAUACUCUGGUGGAGAGGCCUUGGUCGCCGGCUAUUGCCGACAGUGUGCCGUGUCCUUUAAUUUGGAACUGCUUCCUAGUGCCCAGAUUACUAGCUGGGAUGUACUGCCCGCUGAGAUCGCUUCCCAGUUCUACCUAGUUUUGGACAUAUCUAAUUUAACCGCUCAAGAAAUGUCGCUCAAUUACACUGAUAACAAGAAUAUACUCAUUGAGGCCAAAGAAAGCUGCCGCGUACCCAUUCCAGUGGAUCGCUGCUCCUUGGAGCAGGUUUGCAUAGCACGCGCAGCGGAAGUAGCUGAGAAUUUGGAGCGCGAACUGUGUUUUCGCACGCAACUUCUAUCCUUCAGCGAUGCCCUUAGCAAACUUUGCUCAACUCACAUUGCGGAGCGAGUGAAGAUUAAUUGGCUGUUGACGGGCACAGACAUUAAAGGUGUUGCCUCAUUGCGCGGCAUUGUCCUAUCGCACGAAAUGGUUGAUUUGACAACCGUAUCUCCUAUUCAGUGGUAUAUAAGCUUCCAGGAUGCGCCUGUGCAGCCACACAGCGAGAUGACGUGCACCGUUGGCCAGAGAGCACAGCUAAGCAUCAGUCUCACCAAUCAAUCAUUGCAGCCGCUCAAGAAUUUGGUACUGACGAUCAAAUUUUAUCAAGACUACUUAAAUGGAAUGGAGAACUACAAUCUUGAGACACGUGUUGCAAUUUCUGGACCUAACCGAAUUACAAUCCCUGUUUUGGAGAAGUCGGCGCAAUCGCAGCACAAUUGCUCUGUGAUAUUCUUUACGCCUGGUCGCUUCAAGGCCAGCAUUGAGUGCGCCACUAGGCCGCAGCAGCAGGGCAGCGGCAUUUUGACCCGUUCCUGUCCAGAAGCUACCAAAUUAAGUCAAUUAGAAACUUUAUCAUCUCCAUCAGCCAAUUUAAACACACUUUCGGCGUCUAGCCUGGACGAGCAGCAGCCGCAUGUAUGGAAAUUCAUACCGCCUAUUGAGGUGACUGUUAUGGAGCCGUAAUUGAGUAUAUCCAUAUUUGUAGUUAAAUUUCGUUAUAUCUGUACUUGUAUUUGUUUCGUUCUGUAUUAUGUAUCCCGAGUACUGAGUGUGUACCCGAUCAGGUUUGGUCUAUGCGAUAGCGCUGUUAAUCUGUGUAUACAAAAAUAUAUACCUACAAUAUAUAUAUAUACAUAUAUAUAUAUAUAUAGCUUAGCCUUGUUGUAACAUGAAAAGCAAUUGUUUAUAAAUGAAUAAGCAUUACAUGUAUAUAUAUUUAAGCUCAAACUACUCACUUUGCUUCAUAGCGAAAAAGGCCAUAAUAUAUGUAUGUAAAUCGCAUGCUCUAUAUAAUCAACAUAUAUGACAUGAAAGUGAAAUAUAUAUAUAUAUAAAUAGCUAGC